UGUCAAUCACCGGGUCUCAGCUGGAGAUUCCCUGUCGACACCCGGCAAUCACUGAGUAACACUGACAGGGGAGAAGCCUAUAUUUUUGUUUACAAUCUUCUUCCCUGUCAGCUCGAGCACACUGCUCGGGAUGGCUGUGAACAGUACAGCCAUCCUGAUCAGUGUGCUUACAGUGAAGAACACACCCCCCCCCCCUGCCCCCUAGUAAAACACACACAGCACAUAGUUAACCAUUUGAUUGCCCCAGAUGUUAACCCCUUCCUGUCCAGUUUUAUUAGUACAGUGUCAGUGCUUUUUAUUAGCACUGAUCACUGUAUUAGUGUCAUUGGGAUGUCAGUGGCAGUUAAUCAGUUCCCCUCCAGUGUCAGAAUGCCCGCCGCAGUC